GCUGGGUUGUGGAUCCCUGCUGCAAAUUGUAAUAAAUUGGAUAGACUUCAGCAACAACUUAUCUCCUUUUGUGAAAUUCCUAUUACAGUGCAUUUGUGUGCUACAAUUAAUUUGCUUUGUUUCGUGUGAUGCCAAUCCCAUACCUGUUUGGUAAGUCCUGUUGUCUAUAAAAAGACCUGAAAAUCAAAACCAAGUUACUGUCAGCUUGGACAUAGGCUCCAGACACUCCUCAUACGCCUGUGCAAUAGAACUGGUGAACGCCAUGUAUCGGUGGUCUCUCUUUGCCUUGCUCUUUGUCACCUGCAUGGAGGUGUCCAUACAGAAGAAAACAAAGAAAGGCCCUCAAACUCUCUCAAGAGGAUGGGGGGAUGACAUUACUUGGGUCCAGACCUAUGAGGAAGCCCUGAUGACAAUGACAGAAAGUAAGAAGCCCCUGAUGGUCAUUCAUCACAUGGAGGAUUGUCCUCAUAGUCAAGCUCUGAAGAAGGCGUUUGCUGCUGAUAAAGCCGUACAGGAACUUGCCCAAGAGGAUUUUGUCAUGCUCAAUUUGAUACAUGAGACUACAGACUCCAAUCUGGCACCAGAUGGCCACUACGUUCCAAGAAUUCUCUUUGUUGAUCCAUCCAUGACUGUGCGUGCUGAGCUUGUUGGGAAGUACAGUAACCACAUGUUCACCUACAAGCCGAGCGACAUCCCGUACCUGGCCGAGAACAUGAAGAAAGCCAAGCGUCUACUGCACACUGAACUGUAACCUCACAGCCUUUUCAAUAAUGUACCCAUAAUCUACUGGGUUCCUCCCUGUUCCAGAGGGGUUCACUGAGUCUUGGACAUUCUUAUGUUUACACAGAAUGUAUGCAAUAGAUAAAUCAAUAAAGAUGAAUGACAGUGUGCACUGAA